AUGGAGCUCGACACCCCCAACACGUCCCGAGGAGGUCGCCGACAUAAACGCGUUUCAGACAAGAUCUAUAAAUUUAAGUGCAACAAAAAGUCGACCAACUUGCGCGGAGCAGGCCGCCCGCCAGUACUACCCGAGCCCGACGCCCUUCUGCAGUUUAUGGAUGCCCGUCGUCACCAAGAACGCGCCAUAACAUGUACGCACAUGGUCAAUUUCCUCAAGCAGCACCAGAACACCUGGCUUCAAGACUACAUUCGGCGUCAAAACCUCUUGAAGCUUCUCCGACACUACUGCGUUCGACAUGGAUACACGCAUCAACAAGCAUGUACCGCCAAGAGAACGAUCACCGACCUUGAGAGCACUCGCGCCGAGUUCGCUGUCAGUUUCCAUGCCAAGCAUGCCACCACGGCCAACGACUGUGUCUACAAGGUCGAUGAGACAGGAAUUCAGUAUGACAUGCCACCAAGGUACAUCUGGUCCAAGCAAGAGGGCACACCCAAGCUGUCCAAGGGUGAAAAACACUCGUACCGCAUGACCGCCGUGUUGACCAUACGUCGCGAUGGAGCCAAACUGUCAAUCCUGUUCGUCACCAAGGGCCAGUCUGGUGGCGCAUCGACACGCAUGAGGCAGUACCUGUGGAACGCAUUGGCUGAACGGAUCGACGGACAGUCGCUCCUAGUUCUCGACAACUUCGACUCCCACGUCAGCAAGGAAGAGGUCGACACCACCGCCGAAAUCGGUUUCGAUGUAUGCCCGCUUCCGCCAAACGCAACUCCCCAUUGCCAACCUCUCGAUGUCUAG